AUGGACAAAAAGCAAUAUUCAAAAUCAACUGCUAGUGGAUCUUCUUCAUCGUCCACAACAAUUAAACCAAAGAAAUCAUCAUCAUCGUCAACAGCAACAUCAGUAUCAACAUCAACAAUGGGCACAAGUGCUGUGCUUCCGCAACCUACUCGUCGAAUUGUUCAAAAUUUUCUUCUCGUCUGGCUCGAUGCCAAUAUUGACGAGUCAAAGGAAGAUUUUCAAAACACAUUAAAACAUUUACGACGAAUUGUAGCAUCCAUUACAACAUUCACCGAUACUCAACAAUGCUUUGAUUUUCUUAGUGGCAUUACAAAGGAAAAGGCAUUUAUGAUCGUAGCGGGUUCACUUGGACAGAAAAUAGUAUCAGAAAUGGAAGCCAUACCACAAUUAGAAUCUGUGUAUGUUUUUUGUAGUAAUCAAUCGUACCAUGAACAAUGGGCCAAUAGGAUACCGAAGAUCAUAGGCGUAUACACAAAAAUCGAAUCAAUUUGUAAAGCCCUAGAAAUUGAUCGACAACGAUGCGAUCAAGCUAUGAUCUCGGUUAGCUUUAAUGGUCUCGAUCCUCUAUUCAUGUAUACACAAUUGUUAAAGGAAGCACUUUUAGAAAUCGAAGAUGACGAUAGAAAAUCUCUCAAAGACCUGACUGAAUAUUGUCGUGAACAGGAUGAUAUCCUUGAAGAUCAAAUUAAACAAGUUGAAAAUGAAUAUCGUAAUCAUACGCCAAUAUGGUGGUAUACAGCUGAAACAUUUAUUUAUCCGAUGCUUAAUCGUGGACUUCGACUUAUGGAUAUUAAUAUUAUACUCAAAAUGGGCUUUUUUAUUCGUCAUCUACAUCAACACAUUCAAAAUUUAUAUCAUAAACAACAAUCUGAGAACAUGAACAUAGCUACUCCGUUAAAAUUUUAUCGUGGUCAAGGUUUAGCAUUAGAAGACUUUGAAAAAAUGAAAAAAAGCAUAAAUCAAUUAAUGUCUUUCAAUAAUUUUCUAUCAACAAGUCUCAAUCAGAAUAUUUCCUUUCAAAAAUUUGCACGACCAGCAGCAUUUAAUGAUCCCAAUAAAGUUGGCAUACUCUUCAUUAUGACUAUUGAUCCUGAUAUUUGUACAAAAUCAAAAAUUCCAUUUGCUGAUGUUAGUCAAGUUGGCUUUUUCGAAGGCCAAGAAGCUGAAAUUCUUUUUACAACACAUACAAUAUUUCGAAUCGAUAAAAUUCAACGAAUUCAGGACGAUCAUACUGAUCGUCUAUGA